GAUCAGUGUGAAGAUCAAUUGAGUGUUUCAGUUCAUACAUUACUCUUAGAUACUCCAUCGAUUAAUGGCUGCCGCUGCAUCUUCUUCCUCUGGCUCUCCUUGGAAAUACGACGUGUUCCUCAAUUUCAGAGGGGAAGACACUCGCAGGUGCUUCGUCAGCCACCUCUACAAAGCCCUGAAUCAGAAAGCAAUCAACACCUUCAUUGAUGCCGAAGGGCUGCGAAAGGGCAACGACCUUUCGCAGCUACUGACGGCGAUCCAAGAUUCGCGCGUUUCAAUCGUAGUUUUUUCUCAAAAAUAUGCUUCUUCCACAUGGUGCUUGAAGGAGCUCGUCCAAAUACUGGAUUGUAUGGAUAGAAAGAACCAGAUGGUGGUGCCCGUUUUUUACGAAGUGGAUCCUUCUCAUGUCCGCAAAGCAGAGAGCAGCUUUGCGGAAUCUUUUGCCGAGCAUGAAGGCCAUUCUAACGCCGACAUGGAAGAGGUGCGGAGGUGGAGGUCCGCUCUUACUCGAGCCACCAAUUUAACCGGCUGGGAUUCGAAAAAUUGCGAGGAUGAUGCCAAGCUCAUUGAGAAAAUUGUAGAAGAUAUUUUUCAGAAAUUGAUCCGCAUCUCAUCAAGUAAAGACGAUGACUUGGUUGAAAUGGAUUCCCACAUGCAUGAAAUGGACUUGCUAUUACAUCCUGCUCCUGAAAUGGACGACGUUUGUGUUGUUGGAAUAUGGGGUAUGGGUGGUAUAGGCAAAACAACCAUAGCUAGAGCUGUUUAUGAGAAAAUUGCUUGUCAAUUUGAAGCUUGUUGCUUUCUUGACAAUGUCAAGGAAGAGUUCUCCGCUUGUGGUGCCGUACAUAUGCAGGAAAAACUUCUAUCUAGAAUCUUGAAUGAAAAGGUGCAGAGUUUAGGCACAUUGGAUCGAGGUUACAGAAUGAUUUUGGAAAGGCUACAGAUGAAAAAGGUUUUGAUUGUUCUUGAUGAUGUUGACGACGUAUUUCAAAUUGAAACCUUACUUGGAAAGCAACAUUCAUUUGGUGGUGGGAGUAGAAUCAUUAUCACCACUAGAGAUAAGCUAGUACUAAGUCGAGCUGAUGCGAUCUACAGCCCCAAGGUUCUAAGUGGUGAUGGAGCUUUGGAACUCUUUAGCCAGUAUGCCUUUAGAACAAAGCAACCCAAAAGAGACUAUGACCCUCUCUCAAGCCGUGCUGUACGAUAUGCUCAAGGUCUCCCUUUAGCACUCAAAGUCUUGGGGGCAUUUCUUUAUAACAAAUCUGUGCAGGAGUGGGAGGAGGUGCUAGAGAAAUUAAAGAAAAUCCCGCAAAGGGGAAUUCAUGAUGUGUUAAGAACAAGCUUCGAUGGACUAGAUGAUUCUGAGAAGGACAUAUUUCUGGAUAUUGCAUGUUUCUUUAAAGGAGCGGAAAAAGACAACGCAACAAAGGUUCUGGACAGUUGUGGCUUUUAUCCCCAUACAGGGCUGAGAGUUCUAAUUGAUCGAGCUCUUAUAACUGUCUCACGGGAAACACUGGAGAUGCAUGAUUUACUAGAGGAAAUGGGUCGUGAAAUCGUCCGCCAAGAAUCUAUUAAAGAGCCUGGGAAACGCAGUAGGUUGUGGAAUUAUGAAGAUGUUCAUCACGUGCUAACUCAAAAUACGGCUACGGAAGCUGUUGAAAGCAUAAUCCUUGACCUUUCAUUCUCAAAACCAGAAGUGGUAUACUUCAGUUCCGAAGCUUUUGUUAAAAUGACGAAAUUAAGAUUGCUCAAAAUCCACGGCUACAAUGGAUAUUCAUGUGAGAAUUUAAAGUUUGUUCUGCAUGAGUUAAGAAGUCUCAUAUGGAAGUGUUUCCCGCUAAAGUCUUUACCGUCCAAUUUUAUUGCGAAGAAUCUUGUUGAGCUUGACAUGCAAAAUAGUCUCGUUGAACAUCUUUGGGAAGGAGCCAAGCCCUUGGAAAAUUUGAAAAUUAUCAACUUAACAAGUUCUCCUCACCUGAAGAAAACUCCUGACUUCACGGAGGCGAAAAAUCUUGAGAAAGUAGUUUUUCGAAGUUGUACAAGUUUAUUUGAGGUUCACCCAUCCAUUUCAUCUCUCAAAAACCUGGUUCUUUUGGAUUUGAAAUAUUGCAGAAAUCUUAAGAUUUUUCCAAGCAAGAUUGGUAUGAAAUCUCUUCGAACCCUUGAACUUUCAUGGUGCAAAAACCUUGAUAAGUUUCCCGAAGUUUCAGAUGUUAUGCCGGAUCUAUCAGAGCUUUAUUUAGAUUAUACUGAAAUUAAAGAACUGCCCUCGUCAAUAAGUAAUCUUACGAGGCUUGUUACCUUGAAUCUAAAAGGUUGCAAACAAUUUAAGAGUCUUCCGAGCAGUAUUUCUCACAUGAAAUCUCUUAAAAGCCUUCAUGUUUCUGAAUGCUCAAAGCUUGAAAAGUUUCCAGAAAUUUCAGAGGUUAUGAAGAAGCUGUCUGAGCUUUGUUUGGAUGACACUGCAAUUAAGGAGCUGCCUGCCUCUAUUUUAAAUCUCACCAGUCUUGUUACUUUGAGUCUGAAUAAUUGCAGAGAACUUGAGAGUCUUCCAAGCAGCAUUUCUCACAUGAAAUCUCUUAAAUACCUUUAUGUUUCUGGAUGCUCAAAGCUUGAGAAGUUUCCAGAAAUUUCAGAGGCUAUGAAGAAGCUAUCUAACCUUUAUUUGGGUGGCACUGCAAUUAAGGAGCUGCCUGCCUCUAUUUUAAAUCUCACCAGUCUUGUUACUUUGAGUCUGACUAAUUGCAGAGAACUUGAGAGUCUUCCAAGCAGCAUUUCUCACAUGAAAUCUCUAUCUGAGCUUUAUUUGGAUGGCACUGCAAUUAAGGAGCUGCCUGCCUCUAUUUUAAAUCUCACCAGUCUUGUUACUUUGAGUCUGACUAAUUGCAGAGAACUUGAGAGUCUUCCAAGCAGCAUUUCUCACAUGAAAUCUCUUGAAUACCUUAAUGUUUCUGGAUGCCCAAAGCUUGAGAAGUUUCCAGAAAUUUCAGAGGUUAUGAAGAAGCUAUCUAAGCUUUAUUUGGAUGGCACUGCAAUUAAGGAGCUGCCUGCUUCUAUUUUAAAUCUCACCAGUCUUGUUACUUUGAGUCUGAAUGAUUGCAGAGAACUUGAGAGUCUUCCAAGCAGCAUUUCUCACAUGAAAUCUCUUGAAUACCUUUAUGUUUCUGGAUGCUCAAAGCUUGAGAAGUUUCCAGAAAUUUCAGAGGUUAUGAAAAAGCUAUUUAAGCUUUAUUUGGAUGGCACUGCAAUUAAGGAGUUGCCUGCCUCUAUUUUAAAUCUCACCAGUCUUGUUACUUUGAGUCUGAAUGAUUGCAGAGAACUUGAGAGUCUUCCAAGCAGCAUUUCUCACAUGAAAUCUCUUAAAUACCUUUAUGUUUCUGGAUGCUCAAAGCUUGAGAAGUUUCCAGAAAUUUCAGAGGUUAUGAAUAAUCUAUCUGAGCUUUAUUUGGAUGGCACUGCAAUUAAGGAGCUGCCUGCUUCUAUUUUAAAUCUCACCAGGAAUCUGGGGUUUUCUUUAAUAUGAAAUAUUUUGAGGAUGAGGUGCAUAAUGGCAAUUGGGAUGAAGUUGAGAAGUACCUCUCCGGGUUCACUAAAAUGGAAGAUAACAGCUAUUCCAUGAAAAUCUUUUUCGAGAUAAGGAAGCAGAAGUAUCUCGAGGCAUUGGACAAGUAAGCUUACAGUGGUUCAAUUUCAAUUCAUUGAUAACUUUCAUGGGUUGGAUUGCAUGGCCGGUCUUGAGGAAUUAUAUGGUUGAAUUACGUGUAAUGUGACUGUGUGAACUUUAUAGGCCUUAUCUUUUUCGAGAUAAGGAAGCAGAAGUACCUCGAGGCAUUGGACAAGCCUGAUCGGUCCCAAGCUGUGGAUAUUCUAGUAAAGGAUUUAAAUUUUUUUGCCGCAUUCGAUGAACUUUUGGAGGAAAUCGCUCAGCUCUCAACAUUGGAGAACUUUAGGGGGAGAAUGAACAACUAUCCAAGUGUGGAGAUUCAAAGUCUGCCAGGGCAAUCAUGUCGGUUGAACUUAAGAAACUGAUUGACCCGAAUCCCUUAUUCUGUGAUAAAUUGCAGUUCCCAAACCUAAAGCGUUCGAGGCUAUGGACUCUCAUUAACCAAGGCUUAAAUUGGCAGCACGGGCUUUGUAAAAGCCCAAGUCCAAAUCCAUUAAUAAAAACGCUUUAUGUGGAUCACCCAUGUGGACAACCGAACUGUGCGCGGGUACCAUCACCUGCAAACAACCCGCUUCUUGGAAUCAAACAGGGGGCGGUCAAGAUGUUGUCUCUGAGUAUGGAGCUUGUGUUCCUGAUCUUGCAGUUUCUCGAUGAGGGAAACUGCAAAGAGACUAUUCAUAAUUGACUGUUGAUUGUUCUCUGUGAUGCUUCAUUUGGUACCAAUGUGGGGGACGUAGGCCUGCGGGAACUUGGAUCUAGGGAGCGACUAGUUGUAAGGAACUUCAAAGUAUGGGAUCUUAGUUCAUGCUCAAUGCUCCUGCAGUUAAGGAUCCUGGUGUGUCUGUUAACCAUGUGAUUCGGAGCCCUGAUGGUGCUUUAUUUGGUAAGCUUGAGCAUACUUAGGUAUUGCUUACUCGAGGCACAUUGUUCAAAUAUAGUCUUAUCAUAGGGGUGAUGACGUACGAGAGCACCUAGAGAUUGAUGCACAUGUUGGUGGAGUAAAUGAUCUGGCAUUCUCCCAUCCCAAUGGGCAGCUUUGUGUGAUUACCUGUGGGGAUGACAAGACCAUCAAGGUUCAUUAGUUGCCUAACAUGUUUGCUUGUCUCAUUGCCAUUGGAAGAGCGUUUUCUGUUCCUUGCUGAUUUCCUUCAUAAAUUUAGGUGUGGGAUGCUACAACCGGUGCAAAAGAAUAUACUUUUGAAGGUCAAGAGGCUCCAGUUUAUACUGUCUGCCCACAUUAUAAGGAAAACAUUCAGGUGUUGUGGCAUUUUAUUUUUAUUUUUUCAUUCUUACUAAUUACACGUGUUUCUGUCUCUGGUGCCCAUCUGUCCUUGUCUU